AUGGAACCGUACAAGGGUCAUUGCAACUGUGGCUCGGUCAAGGUGACCGUCAAGACGAAGCCCGAUAGCAUUGUUGUCUGUCACUGUGCAAAUUGCAAACGUGCCGGUGGUCCCUUUUCCAUGAACCUCUUUGUCGAAGAUGGUGAAUGGGAGAUUGACGACAGCCAAAACACUCUGACAGACUACUUGGAUUCGAAUACUGAUUCCGGAAACACCAUACAACGGUCCUUCUGCGGAAAAUGUGGAAGUCCUGUCAAGACCACAACCAAGGCAAUCCCUGGUAAAGCUCUCAUCAAGGCGUCCCUGUUUGAUGACAUUCCUACAAAGAAGAACGAAGUGUACUCCCAAAAGGCGUUGAACUGGGCCUAA